GUACGACUGUGCGCCUAUCGUCCGUACGUGCGUCAAACUGCCGUACGGACCGAAGCCUGCGCAUGCGUUGUCAGAGCACGAGCGUUUCCUGCAGAAUGCGAAGGCGGUGUGUGAACCUUUGUUUCGAUGACCCAUCGCCGGCCCUCUGACCUGCGCGCAAUGAGAGGGGCGGGUCCUGCGAUGCCCUGGUAGGCGUGACCUUCGUUGGUGGGGAUGUGUGUGGCGCCUCUAGUGCCGCCUGCUGCCGCUGAUGGAUGUCAAGCUGCGAGAGGACCUGUUCAAGAAGUAUGCCCAGUCACUGGAACGUCGGCUGGAAGAGGAGGAUGAUGCGGGCAGACAGGGGCCCACCACGGACGGGAUGCUGCUGUCUGCAGCUGCCGCCUGGCUCGGGGCCCAUCAGGCUGACCCGGGUCAGCGGUUUCGUCUCUUCCGCUUUUACGAGCUGGUGGAGAAUUCCCUGCUCACCCUGAGGGCUGCCAGUCUCCAUGCACUGGAGACGGCCUUCUCCAUCCUGGAGACCAUCUGCACCAACCUGUUGCUGUUUCCCUGGAAGAAGGAGUUUCGAUGCAUCAAGACCUUCACUGGACCAUACGUGUAUCACCUGCAGUCGGCGGUGUGUGACUCGGACCUGCGCUCCCUUCUGCGUUCUAUGGGAUACUCCCGCGAGGAGCUUCAAUUCCAAAUCCGCGACGUCCCGGGGAAUGCUGUGCACCUGCGGCAGCUGGCCUUUGAGCUCUUCUUGGCCCAGGCAGAGUGCCGGCUCCUGGGCGAGGUGGCGGUGCUGGCUGGGGGCGCCACGACGGAGCUGGAGGCACUGGAGGCGCGCCGAGGGAGCUGGGAGGAUGCGGCCGCGUGUGCCGAGGCCCUGAGGCUCCGCGAUGCCCUGGCCGGUGAUGUGUCGCGGCUCUCGGUACGGCAGGAUGAGCUGGAGCGCGUGCACCCCAGGCGGGCUGGACGGCCGUCCAAAUCUGUGGAUGUGACGGAUGGGGCGGGUCAUUGGCACCAAGCCAGCAAGCCCGUGCUGAAGGCUACGCUGAGCUUGCGCAAGGAGCCACUCUUCGUGGAUGCCGAGGAGGACCUGCAGGACGAGAUCAUCCGGCCCAAUGCUUCCCUUCUCUCCAUGACGGCUGCUUAUAGCCCCGUGUCGGACUUCUUUCCCGUUCAGUCCCCGCCGACGGACCCUUACGCCUACCCUCUCUCCUCCCUCGACGAGGUUGACCUGUACACCGAGCGUGGUGUCGGCCGACAGACACCGUCCCGCCCACCCAGCCGUGACCUCCGCGAGAGCUGGUCGGUGAAGACCCACGGCGGGGCGCCUCUCUGCGUCACGUGCCAGGGCUGCGGUGUGGGCUGCUCCAGCCUCACCUCCUGCCAGAAGUGCGACAUGAUCCUGUGUCCUGCUUGCCAUGCGGUGGAUCCCUCCCCUUGCUGCGGCAUGCCUGAUUACCCCAAGGCAUCUCAUCCCCUUGACAGCUACCUGCCAGCAAAGGAGAAGUCGUCCGCUUACAGUAACGCCCACACCCAGCUGUCAGAGAAGCCGCUGAGCAAGCUGUACCCCAGCAAGUCUGUUGGCUCUGGCAGCAGCGUGUCAGUCGUUGGUGUUUCUCGGUGCGGCUUCUGCAACAAACCGGGCGCGUCACACACCUGUAUGAAUUGCUCCAAGGUCUCUUGCGACACUUGCAUGAGCCUCUAUGCCAAUGACAUAUGUAGCCGCAAGAACUUGCACCAUAACUUUGUACCCAACCAUCAGCUCAACUACAAGUCCGGCUCUGUGUCUCAUCUGGUGUACCGAUAGACCACAAGGCCUUGUUUUUGGCAGCCGGGGGUGGACUGUGAGAUUUCUCAUCAAAGAUUUCUAGAAGGUUGGAAGGACAAGUUACUGCUUCUAUCCUCUAUCUCUCUGUCCUUCGACGGAUCCCGAUAUGUGUUUGCAUCCCCUCUCUCCUUCCCUGCGUUGGCUCUCUGGAUCUUCCCAGCUCACCGAUUUGCUAACCAAGUAGAAAAGAAGCAGCUUGAUUAUAACAACAUCUACUCGUGUCUGAACUCCCGCUUUUAUCCUAUGCUUGUGUUUGUAUGAUGAAAUCCAAUCUUGACAGCAUCUUCAGAAUUGACAAGUAUGUUUGCGUCAUGCAAAUGAUAUCAAAUAGUAUAUACGUAUUUUUAAUGCUAUUAUACAAACUCACUUGAGAUGUGUUGAGGUGAGUCAGUUGUCUCUUAUCAGCUGCUGUCAGGUCUGGUCAAGACCAGAUCUGCCUUGGUGGAUUUGAUCUCCUACAGCCUUCCCUGGAUCUGUAGUUGCUCUUACUGUUGGUUGAGUUAAAUUUGUAUAUAUAUCUCUUGUAUCCCCCCCUUAAUUAUCCACAACCUCACUGUAAAGACCAUUCUUCUGGGUGGACAAUGACAGUUCUUGAAGUUGUCUUGAGUUUAGAAGUUUGGUUGAGAAACUCCAUAGUCCCGCACCUGAAAAUGAAUAAUUUAUAUAUAUUUUUUCUUGAGCAGAGUUGGAACACAUGCAAAAAAAAAAAAAAAGUCUGUCAGAAAAUUGAGAUACCUUGAGAAGUGAUCUUUAAUAGUAUAGGGAGAGAUCCAUCUUGUAUGGAUUCAGUGCAUUGUAGUUUUAAUGCUUUCAGAAAUGAUCACUGCUCAUAAAACAUCAUAAAAGAUUGUUGGAUAUAAUAUGUAUUGUGACAUUGAUACUAGAAUAUUGUGUAAAUUGUGCACUCCACCUCUGCCAUCGCAAAACACCAGUGAACUUUCUCGCAGUGUGGUUUAUCAUCCACGAGUUGCCAGGAUAGCUUUCAGCAUCCUACGUUUACAGUACGAGUGGUUUACAGAAGCCGGCAUGGAAAGUUACACGUUUACAUGCAACACUUUGACUGCCAAAGUCCAUAAUGCUCCACUUUUGGUUUAUUUCUUUAAUUCUUCGGUUUUGCCCUGGCGAAGCAUCAAAACUUGUUCUUGUUGAUUUUGAACGUUACCCUAGUUGCCCAUCUCCACAGUGGUUUUUCUGCCCUCGUACAAUGCAUUCGAUUUCUGCAUGGUUCCGUUCCUACUGUUGUCAUGGCAACGGCUAUUUACAUGGACACCCCCAUGACCCUGCUUCUGACCCAGCCUCUUUGUGAGCUUUGAGCGGUUGGAAAUUUUCCGUGGGUUCCGAGAGCCCCGAUAACGCCAUAGCUUGCAUCUCAGAUGUUCCUCCUGUCACGACUCAUGCUGCCAGUCUGUCCGUUGCGACCAUGUGGGACUGUCUGCAUCUUUUUUUUUUUUUUCCUGAGCGUAAUUUUGUGGGUUCACGCGAUACCAAGUAGAGAUGAACAACAAAAGGACACAAAAAGGUGUUCAAAGGCCAGGAUUCUUUACGAUCUCGAUUUUGGUUCUUCACUGGUUCCAGUCUGCAGCGGUCCAAGGAACGUGGCAGAGUUCCAGAUUAUUUCACUGAGCUAUGCAACCUUGCAGGAGGUUCAUGAUGCUGGUCAGGUGUGUGUCUACUGUAAAGGCUGGCGAAGGAUUCACUGUCUAAUUCUAGGGCUGCCAGUCCAGACCUGUGUUGUUAAAAUGUCUUUUUUGCAUUAACUUAUUGGGUUCUGGCUGUUUUCUGAAGAUAAUGGAGUGGAAGGAUUCUCUUUGCAGUAUAAUUGUUGUAAUAACACUGUGUGAAGUGUGCUUGUAUCAUCAAGAUGGUUGUUCAUUCUCCAGUGCUGUUAAUUGUCAGUGUCCAAUAAGGAUAAUGUUCCUUUGCUUUCCUAUUAAACAGUGUUUAAUUGUUAUAGAAA